CGAUCAAAACUUGAAAGCAACAAUUGCAAAACAAAAUUUUGAUCAACAGCAGAGCUGUGUUGAAUUGGUAUCGGUAGUCAUUGGAACUGCCCCAACUUGUUCUUGAGGUUCGGGAUCCAACUUUCAAGGUGCAUAGUCCGAAAUUUCGCAAAGAUGCAGCACACCUACCUUCGAUACGAAUGUGCCGACUCCUUCGGUUUGAUUUCAUCGUCRGCCUCUUCCAAGGCACCCCAAUCAAAUUCCAUCCUUGCUUUCGCGUCAGCUUCCCGGGAGGCCCCAAUCCUAUUGACAACCGCGGGCAGUCACUGCAUGGGGUACCAUUUGCGCACUACCAAUCCUACUAUCAAAAUUGCUCAACGCGAACAGCUCAGCGGCGGCGUGGGAACAGGACGAGCCCUGAAUAGUGAUCAGGUCRUUUGCAUAGACGUAGCAACAGGCAAUGGCAACAGUGACACCUGCAAGGUUGCUACGGGAUGGGUAGAUGGUGCAGUUCGCGUCUUCGAYGUGUAUAAGGAUGAGCUGAAUCCACGAUCAGGAUGCGCAUUAGUACAGUCGCUUUUGGAGGAUAACCAAGAUGAGGAUUUUCUCAUGAGAGAACCCCUUCUAUUGAACGGCCAUUCCGGAUCUCCAGUWCGUUCCUUGGUGUUUGAUUCAAAGAACGGAUCCAGAUUAGCGUCUGGAUCGAAUGAUGGUUCUGUCGUMUUAUGGGAUGUUGUUGCGGAAACGGGCCUUUUCCGUCUACUAGGGCACAGAGGAGGGAUCACUGACAUUCAUUUUGUUACCUUGAAAGAUGGCAUGAUUGAUCUUCUAGUGACAACGAGUUUGGACGGAUUCGUCAAGAUUUGGGAUUUGAAAGGACAGUGUUGUAUUCAGACUAUUCCAUCACAUCGAGGUGAAGUCUUGGCAGCUGGUUGCCUUAGCAUCCCCAAUAUUGUAUCUGUUCAGUCCGCUAGCGAUGCUUCAGAUAGUGGUGGUGAUGAGAGAAUUCGUCUCAUUACUGGUAGCACUGAUGGGCAGGCAAGGGUUUGGUCAAUCCAACCGUCAAAAAGACACGAAUUAAAURAUCUCUCAGAAUCGUCAUCGAAAAAUAAUGACGAGUCUAAUAGUCCUGCUAUUGUCGAGGACGACGCUGAAAAAGAGAACGAGAGCUUGGACGAUGUUUGCCAUUACAUGGGAUGUUUGACAGCUCCACCAAAUGUUUCAACCUCUACAGAUCGGCUAUCCUGUAUUCACUUCCAUCCAAACGGUAAAUACGUAGGAAUUCUUCACUCAAAUUCAAAAAAUGUGGAYGUAUAUCUCAUCCGGAGCGUUCACGAGUCGUUACGGAAAAAACAAAGACGCCUGAGACGACGAAAAGAGAAGGCAUCAAAGGUCAACAAUGCAUCUCUGGACGACGGUUUGACUAAGUCAAAGGGACAAAAACGUGGCAUAUUGGAUGAUCCAGUAUCAGAUGAAGAGAAUGCAGAUAAAGAGGAGAAUGAGAAGCAGAGUCUAGACAAAUCUCUCGACCCCGACAUGAUCAAGGCAUCCGAUGAAUUCGAAUACUUCGGAACUGUACGAGCCAGCCACAAAGUAAAGGGCUUCACUUUCGUGCCAUUUAAAGAGAAGGGAGGAGGUAUUCGUAUAGUAUGUUCCCUGGCAACGAAUGCCCUUGAGGUACAUUCAUUAACACGAAAAAAAGAAAAGUACGUACUUACAGUGUCUCAUUUUUUUCGUUGUCAAAAAGCAAAUUCGUUUUCUCAACUUUUUUAUCGAUCAAUUUUCGAAAUAGCGAGGAACAAACAACAUCGACAGUUUCGGCAAAAGUUUCGACCAUGAGCAUGGGUGGGCACCCAACUGGGAUCCGAGCAGUGGAACUAUCUUCCGACGAUGCGCUUGCCUGCACAGUGUCGAAAAGUACAACGAAAAUAUGGAACGUGAAAAAACGAUCCUGCGUUCAGUCCCUAGUCCCUUCUGUAAACAAUAUAUCAUGCUAUGGUCUUUGUACUGUAUUUUUACCUGGAAAUAACCAUUUGGUUCUUGGAACUAGGGAAGGUCACCUAUUGAUACUCGAUAUUGCAGCUGGUGAUGUUGUCUACGUCGAGGAGAAUGCGCAUGAUGGAGCUAUAUGGAGUAUGGAUAUGCGUCGGCCAACUGCACAACAACCUUCCAUAGCUAUUGUGACAGGAUCGGCAGACAAAUCAGUGAAAUUUUGGGAAUUGGAAACUCAAGAGGACAGCUCGGCUCCAAUGCUUGUGCAUUCUCGAACACUUGAAAUGUCUGAUGAUGUCAUCGCCGUCCGCUACUCGCACAGUACAGAUCCUACAAAGCGAAUGGUWUUUGUCUCUAGUUUAGACUCAACAAUUAAGGUGUUUUUCGAUGACACCCUAAAAUUUUUCUUGAGCCUCUACGGACAUAAGCUUCCUGCUUUGGCAAUUGAUGCAAGCGACGACGAUGUCAUUUUGGCAUCAUCGGGUGCAGAUAAAACAAUUAAGAUUUGGGGCCUCGACUUUGGUGAUACCCAUCGAACACUUCAUGGGCACGAGGAUUCGGUGACUGAUUUGCGAUUCGUGAGGAGAACUCAUAAUUUUUUUACAACAAGCAAAGACAACACAGUGAGAUAUUGGGAUGGAGAUAGGUUUGAGCAGAUUCUCGUCCUGCACGGUCAUUUCGCAGAAGUGAGUUGUCUCUCAAUUAGUAGGACUGGUGCUUUCGUAAUGACUGGUGGGUUAGAUCGCCAAGUACGUGUAUGGGAGCGCACGAAAGAUAUUGUUUUUCUGGAAGAAGAACGUGAAAGRGAACUAGAGCAGAUGUUCGAUGGAGUUGGUAGAGAUGAAGAUGCUACAGGCAGACUGCUAAUGAAGAAAGGAGAAGAAAAGGAAGACGACGAUGCCGAAGAUGGAGACGACGAACCCCAGAGUGAGGCUGCUGUCAAAAGAAGUGUUCUCAGUGUUGCUGCUGGAGACCGUAUCAUGGAAUCGCUCGAACGUGCUGAUCAAGAGAAAAGGGAUGCAGCGCUAUUUCGCAAGAAAAAUCCAGGAAAGGAAAAAACUCCGAAUCCUCUGCUUUUGGGGAUGGAACCCGCGCUAUAUUUUCUCUGGGUUUUGAAAUCAGUCAAGCAAGCUGAGUUGGAGCAGAGUUUACUUGUGCUUCCUUUAGGGCAUGUCGAGCGGGUUCUAUACUACCUCAUCCUUCUUUUGAAGAGUGGUCGUGGUGUGGAGAUUUGUGCGCGUGUAAGCGUAUUCUUGGUCAAAAUUCACCAAAAUCAGGUACGUUUGAUAUGCAAAUGCAUUGCACUGUGCAAGUAUAGUUGUUAYACUGUCAUGCUACGAAGAACAUUUGAUCUUCAGAUGGCAAAUACUGCGCAAAUAAAAACCGUGUUGAUUGUUUUAUGCCCAGAUUUCUGAGCAUUUUCUUGUUGGUGAGCAAUUAGUCAUAUGCAAUUUAAUCUCUAACGUUCUCCUUGUUCACAUUCCACAAAUUGCAGGUAUGUAUGAAAAAUGUGCGCCUGAUAGGUUCCAUCUGCGCCUUGUACUUAAUUUUGCUAUGAAGAGCAUUUGAUCUUAAAUUGGCAAACGCUACGCCGAUACAAACCGUGUUGAUCAUUUUAUACCCAAAUUUCUGAGCAUUUUCUUCUUGAGAAUUCAACCUGAAGGGCUUGUAUUUUUUUUAAUUGUGUUCUGAAAUCUCUCAAUUUUUCUAUAUCUGUAUUUAACGUCCACACCAACACCUAUCUCAAAACUUUCACAACUUGCAGGUAUGUUUGAUAAAWACAUGCGUAACAGGAUUUACCCACGCCUACUACCUCAUUUUUGCUGUGAAGAGCAUUUGAUCUUAAAUUGGCAAACGCUACGCCAAUAUAAACCGUGUUGAUCAUUUUAUACCCAAAUUUCUGAGCAUUUUCAUUUUGGCAACAAAUUGAGGAGGAUCCAUUCAAUAUCUUCUAACUUUUUUGUUUCUUUCGCUUCAACGAUUUCAGAUUAUGGCCAGCCGGUCGAUCAUAGUUCCUUUACGAGAGUUGCGGCGCCUUUUGAGAGAAAGACUGUCGGAAUCCUGUGACACGAUAGGUUUCAACCUCGCAGCUCUUCGAGCUGUAGCACGCACUAAUGCAGAUAAAAAGGAAAGCUAUCUAAACUACAACAACGAGCAAACGAAAGACAUUUGGGCUGGGAUGGGACUCGGAAGUGACCUCGCAGCGGCGCUGGAGAGUCGAAAACCAGCUCGAUAGGUUCUUGGUAGCGCAUUUGAUGAACUUUAACAUUCAAAUACUAUUAUUAUUUUUUGAAAUCCUCCUUUAUUUUUUGCGUCGCAUUUGUAAGCUAUAACAUAAUUUUGGAAUGAUGCCUGCUAAAGUAACCGCCAUUGAUAUUACAAUCUGUUUUUUGCAGCGCUUAAGCUUGAUGCGUUCAUGGAAUUGGUGAAAACUGAAAUUCUACGACSUCAUGCAUGGUCGCCUUUYUACGACGAGAUCGGAAGGCAUUUUACUAUUUGUCUCUUCGAUACGGGUGCUCUAAACAGAGGAUGAUGACAAAGAGUUGGGACAGUAAUAUCAAUAAUAUAAUGACAGGUGGAAUCCUCUUUCACCGCAACUGAUAGGUCKUCAUUACAGGAGUAUCGAACAGUGAUGGCGCGUUCGAUUCCGCCUUCCCCAAAUGCGCCUGCCUUCAUCGCAGAAUCUGUGACAUCCACAUCGUCGCAAAUGUCGCCCCCAGUGUACUCUUGGAAGUAGUAUGCACCAUUUCCGCCAGCAUUAGCGAACGGAACCGUUGGUGAUUUGUCAUCCGCAGAGGGUUUUGGCUUCGACCCUCCUUGCGACGAUGAUGUUGCGUUCACAACUUGUUCCCAUUCGUUCUCUUUUGUAACUCCCUUGUGAUUUUCUGAAAUAAAUCGUCCUAAGAAAUAUUCCGUAACGCCUGGCCCUGCUGUCUCCUCCUUUUGUGCUGUUACUAUUCCUUUAAAUUGAUCCUGCUUGAACGAUUUGUCUUCGUGAAAUUGGCGCACGUAACUUCCCGGACAAAACUCAUACGCCCACCAGCCCCCAGUGUACUGCCGAAUGCAAAAGUUUCCCGCUUGCCCAAACGUCUCYUCCAAAAUCUCGGCGACGGACAUAUUCUCCGCUGUGGAAGGAUCCAACUCGUUAUUGAUUUGAUUUUUGCCCUUACCGUUCRUAGCCUUCUUGUAUGCWUUCUCCAAGGGGGAUUCUGUUUUUGUGUCUCCCRCUUUUGAGUCUUUUUCGCCAGUCCCGUCAUCAAAAUCAUCGCACAGAAGAGGUGUACAGAGCGUGAUAUUGUAACGACAGACGGCGUUUCUAUUUUCCUUUGCUUCGAAAAUACUGAUAAUGUUUGUGUCCACCUGGUUCCCGUUUUUCAACACUCCGCCCUUGGUUUUCCUCAAGAAUCGUUCAGAGCAACAUCGAAAUGUAGCUUCUGUCACACGCGGCUCACCAGUCUCUGGGCAGGUUUCACCUCCGACAAAGGUAUCGAUUACGCGUCCAAU